AUGAGUGACAUCAGCCCUGCACACACACAGCAGGCUCAGAUCGAGCGGGGCCGGGAGGCAAUCCGCGAGGCGCUACUCGCGCGGGGGCUGCUGGACCCGCAGCUCAAUAGGCCCCACGUCCACGUCGUGACCGGCACCAAGGCGGGCAGUCCGUAUGCGCCUACAUCCGCUGAGAAUCAACCCCGGGGGCUGGCUGCCUCCUCACCCACAAGCCCGAUGGCGGCUCAGGCACGGCGGCGGCGGAAGCGGCUGCUGGAGGCCCGGUCCCAGACCCGCAGCUCCUUCGGGGCACAGGCCGUGGACCUCACCAUCCUCCGGCAGUUCAGUAACAACGGCCGUAACAGGGGCACCUCGGAGGACUCCAUGUCGAGCGGCGAACACGAGGGAGCUGGCGGUGACAGAGCUGGAGCUGGAGCUGGAGCUGGAGCUGGAGCUGGGGCGCGUAGGGUUGUUGGGGGUGGGAAUGGGGUUGGGGAUGCAGUUGGCGAGCGCAAGGGGGCGAUAUGCGGCUCAGAGCUACUGUGCGGGCAGAGCAGGUCAGGGCUAGCAGCUGGAGGCGCCAGAGGCGGCGUCUUGGGGGACGAGUUUUGGGACGAGGACGCGGACGGAGUGGUGGACCUCGGGAAGCUGGUCCGCGAGGAGAGGCGGCGGCUGGCGGCGGUGCAGAGUAAGGUGACUGGCAUGCUCCGCUCCCAGCGGCGGUACCGGGGCCUUCUCGCGGGUCGGCCCGCAGGUCGGGACCCGCGGCCCCCCGCGGGGGUGCACCUAAAGGUGCCCGAUGACGACAUCCGCUUCAGCGGCGUACGACUGAGCUUCCUACUGGGCCUCCUCGAGCUGGUGGUGCCCCUCACCGCGGAGAGCCGCUGUCGGCUGCUGGACCUCAUACCGACCAGCCAGCGGGGGCAGCCCCACCACUACAUCUGCCACGCCUGGUCCACCAACGUCCGGGAGCUGCUGGCCACCCUGAAGAGAGACAUGAUGCCGGGACCACCCCCACCUCCACCUCCACCCCCACCACCGCCACCACCACGGCCGACAUUGAGUCUCAGCAUGUCGGGGAACGGCGGCGGCGGCGGCGGCGGCGGCAAUAGCAGGGCCCCCUCGUCACCCCCCCGUCAGGCAGCCCGGGGACAUGGCCGCGGUCAGGGAGGAGGCGAGCUGGGCUGGGAGCAGCAGGAGCGCGCGAUGGAGACGUGGAAGCGGCUGAUGGAGGAGCACAAGCUAGCUAUACGGCCACGUCGCCACCAAUACCACUAUCCAAGUCAUCACUUGUCAGUUGUGAACAUAUCCCUGAUGCAGCAUUUGUUGGUUUCUCCUUCCUGGACUAUCCGUGACUAUCUCUGGUAUCUGCCCCAAUGCUCCUUUGCCCCGGCUGCGGUGCAACGCGCUCUGGACCAGGUGGUUUGGAUCGACAUAGUGUGCAACAACCAGCACUCCGCCGUAAAGAAGGACUACGGAAAGGCGAGGAGCCGGGAGGGCGGGAAGGGAGGAGCCCCCAUGGGGGGCCCCCCCGCGGGUUCUUGGUUGAUGAAAUAUGAUACUCCCCUUCCCCAGGUGGCCCGCACUGUGGUCUCGUGUGGUGCCACCGUGCUGGUGCUGGACCCCGACCUGACCGCGCUCCGUCGCACAUGGUGCCUGUUCGAGAUCAUGCACUGCAUCAGGUGCAAGCGGCACCUCAAGGUCUUCAGAACGGACCGCCCGCUCAACCCGCAACAUGCAGCAGCGGCACCUAGCAACCAAUCAUACCACUCACACCAGCAGCAGCAGCAGCAGCAGCAAGGCCAGCCGGGGGGACUCCGGUUGCCGUCCAUCUCCGGGGCCUCUAUGUCCCCACCCCCCAGUUCCCCGGGGGCGGCUCAGGGGCGAGUCAGUAUGGUGGGGCAGGCGGGGUGGGGUGGGGGGGGAGGGGGGGGGUUCGCCAGUGAUGUCGACCGGCGGUGGGACCGGGCGGUGGAGAGCAUCAGCUUCGCGGACAGCCGGGCGAGCUGCGAGACGGACCGAGUGGGCAUACUGCAGGAGGUCCUGUCCACUGUGGGCACCUCGUACGUGGACGAGGUGGUCCGGGGGGCUCUGCGGCUGUCCAACGCCCAGCGCGCAACCCAGCUGGCUCUGCGGCGGGAGCAGCUGCGGACCACCUUUGUGCUGCUGCAGCCCGAGCCCGUCAUGGUGGGCACGGAGCAGUACGCCAGGAACCUGGCCAAGUGCCGGGAGCACCUCACGUCCGUACUUCAGCAGUACUACCCGGACGAGCUUCUUCGCUGCCUCAUCCCCCGGGACUACGUGUCCGACAGCGCCCGCUGCUGGGACAUGCUGUGCAUAUUCGCGCAGGUCCUCGACCGGGAGCAGUUCAAGGAGGACGCCAAGGUACUCCGCGGGCUGGCAUGGCUGCUGUUCAAGAGGCACAGCAAGUGCUACAUUGACGUACUGUACGAGCAGGAGCUGGAGAACUGGCUCAUGAACGGCCUGGAGAGGGACCGGAAGUGGCGCCGAGUGCAGGCCAAGCUGAAGCACGACCUGCAGAAGCGGUGGAGGUAG